AAAUUUUUAAGUGGCCCUUUAAUAUCUUCUAGAAUUAAAUAUGGCAACCGUACCCCUUAUGUUUGCUGAAGAUGACCUAGAAGGUGGUGGAAAAGAAGGUUCAAUAGAGAAUGACUUUGCAUAUAACAAUAACGUUAUUAAUGCAUCUGUUCGUGUGAGACUUGGAUUCAUUCGAAAAGUCUAUGGACUACUUACAGUUCAGUUGUUAUUGAGCUUGCUGGUGGGCAUAGCCUGCCAAAUUGAGCCUGUACAAGGAAUUGUUAAAGCAAAUGACUGGCUCGUAUUAGUCUGCAUGAUCAGUAGCAUUGGUGUGCUGAUUGCUCUUCACAUCAAGAGAAAGGAAACACCAACUAAUUUUAUUCUUUUAACAAUUUUCACAAUUACAAACUCCAUCAGUGUGGGUGUGCUAGUAACACAUUUUAAAGCUAGUUUAGUACUUCAAGCUAUUGCAAUUACUUUGUGUGUUGUUAUUGGUAUAACACUCUUUACAUUACAAAACAAACUGGAUUUAUCAAUGCUCCCAGCAGCAUUGUUUACUGGACUUUGCUGUUUAUUGGUAGGUGGUAUCAUUCAGAUAUUCACUCAUUCAACUAUUUUUGAAUUAGUGUUAUGCAGUUUUGGUGCACUAAUAUUCAGCUUGUUUUUGCUUUAUGACACGCAUGUUAUGAUGACGACAUUAUCACCAGAAGAGUAUAUUUUGGCCACAAUUAACUUGUACUUAGAUAUUGUCAAUCUAUUCAUAUAUAUUUUAAGAAUUCUGCAAGCAGCAGACAGGGGUUAAAUCAUCUGUGAUAAAAUAUAAAUGGUUCAAAAUUCUAUAUUGUAUUAUUUAUAUAUUUAAAAAUGCCUUGCUUAUUUAUAUUGUAUGUUUCCAUUUAUUGUAUAUAGUUUAUUUUGUUAUUUUAUGGCCAAGAUUAAUAAAUUCGAAAU